AUGAGGUGGAGCCACCAUUGGAAACGAAAGAAGCCAAAAGAAACUGUAGCAAUCGCGAGACAUGAAGACAUAAACACUGGCCAAAACUACGACUUAAAGCAACCGCAAUCUUCUGGCCAAAAGCCACACGCAUUGCUAGUUUACUACACGCAUCUUCUAAACACUCCCACCUAUAAUAUUAAUCCUACUCCUAAACCCGUUUUCCACUUUCAUUAUUAUUGGAACAACAGGAGCAUGGGAACUCUCACUACUGUUCCUGUUCUACCUUCUAAGAUUAAUAGUAAGCCUUCGUUUUCCCCACGCCGCAAUAUUUCUAUCUUUCCCCAUGGAAGACGGCACGGCAAGAGGAGCAAAGCAAUGGUUCCUAUGGCUAGGUUGUUCGGACCUGCCAUAUUUGAAGCCUCAAAGCUGAAGGUUUUGUUCUUGGGAGUGGAUGAAAAUAAACACCCAGGAAAUCUUCCCAGGACUUACACACUAACCCAUAGUGAUAUAACCGCUAAGCUCACCUUGGCAAUCUCUCAAACCAUAAAUAACUCCCAGUUGCAGGGGUGGUACAACAGAUUGCAAAGGGACGAAGUGGUGGCGCAGUGGAAGAAGGUGAAGGGAAAGAUGUCUCUGCACGUUCACUGCCACAUCAGUGGAGGUCAUUUUCUGCUAGACAUGUUAGCAAGGUUAAGAUACUUCAUCUUCUGCAAGGAGCUACCAGUGGUGUUGAAGGCAGUGAUUCACGGCGAUGGUAAUUUAUUCAACAACUACCCCGAAUUGCAGGAGGCCUUGGUUUGGGUAUAUUUCCACUCCAACAUUCCAGAAUUCAACAAGGUGGAAUGCUGGGGCCCACUGAGGGAUGCAUAUGGUGGGAUCCACCAAGAGAGUGAGGAAGAAAGUGUUGGAAGCAAGGAGGGGUUGGCCAUUCCACAGCCAUGCCAAGAAGAAUGCGAGUGUUGCUUUCCCCCACUCACCUUGAACCCAAUUCAGUGGUCUCAAGAAGUUCCCAGCCACCACAAUGAACCUUGCGAUGGGAUUGAGCCCCAACAAAAUCUGUAA